UGUCGUGGUAAUUUAAAAUGUUGUUAAGAUAUUAUGUGUUGUAAUCAAGGGGUGAGAGGACGAAAAUUUUUCGCGUUCCCAACAGUCAACAUACGUUAUGUAGUAGUAAGGUGUUUUCUAACCAGCCAUACUAAAAGCAUGGCAAGGUAAUGUAAAAUAUAUUAGCAAUAGUAAGAAACUACAAUAGUUGAAAUUUCCCACUUUUGACUUAUUUGCCCCCAAUUUGCACCGUGAUGUGAAACCAAACAUGCAGCAAUCAUGAAUAAGAUCCAUUAUAAUGUGCAAGUCGUUUCCAAAGUCAGUUACUUUCAUUUCUUUUGAUGAUCAAUUUGUCUGGUCUUAGUGUUGUUAUUUUCAAUUGGCAAUUUCCUGGAUUAAGGAAAUAUGUUACUUGUCGUAGUUUAUGUUGUGGCUUCCAUCUAUUUUAUUAAGUUUCGCUCUGUUGUUUACAUUCUGUCUCAAUCCUCUACAGUUUUUUUUAAAGAGGUCUUUGGUUCAUUUUUAAAUUCUACCUAUUUGGUGCUUUUUCUCCUGAAGUUAAUGUGAAGGUAUUUCAUCGGGAGGAAAUAAUCUAACUACAACUACAACUAUAACUACAAUCAACGUUUAGCUUCUUUUAGAAUUUUCUCCCAUGGCUUUUUUAUCUCUGUAUAUCAUUAAUUUUGCAGUAUCUGGUGGUUGGUCAUCCUGGGGAACCUGGAACAGGUGCUCUGUGACAUGUGGCGGUGGAUCUCAAACUCGACUACGGUCAUGCACCAAUCCUCCCGCGCAUUUGGGUGGUAAUGAUUGCCCAGGAAUGCUUUCUGAGUCCCAAGCAUGCAACAUAAACAUUUGUCCAAUUGAUGGUGGCUGGAGCAAAUGGAGCCAAUGGAGUCUCUGUACUAAGACAGUCAGUGGCAUACAAACAAGGAUCAGAGAAUGUGCUAAUCCAGAGCCAGCACAUGGUGGAAAAAAUUGUAAUGGAACCAGAGCAGUCGUGAGGGAGUGUAGUAACAUGUCCAGCUGCCAUGAAGCUUUUCCGCUUCGCUUUCAGUCAGGGGAGAACCCAUCACAUGGCAUAAUGGAAGUCUAUAAGAACGGUAGCUGGCAAAAACUUUGUACCAGAGGUUGGGAUACAGAUGAAGGAAACUUGACUUGCAAGGCGAUGGGUUACUCUAACAAUGUUGGUUAUGAUAUUGGCAUGUGGCAACCAGACGGCAAGAAUGCCUCAAAUACGUCAAUCCACUUUAAUUGUAUAACACUGACGGAAUGCGGGAGUAACACCAGCAGCACAACACAAUUAUGUAAAGUUCCUGUGCGUUUAAAUGGCAGCAAUAUAGAAUAUGGCGGACGAGUUGAAGUAUUUUACAAGGGAAAGUGGGGAAAGAUCUGCCGUAAUAAAUGGAAUUUCGAAGAUGUCAAAGUUAUCUGCCGUCAACUUGGCUUCAAACGUGCAGUUGCUGAAUUUGUUGUGUCAGAUGUCAAGGAUGAGGACAUUCCUAUUGUAAUGUCUGAUGUAGCCUGCAAUGUAGAUGAGCCUGAGCUGGCAUCCUGCCCGCGAACUGAUGGAAAGCUUAAUGUUGACUGUCAAAAUGAUGACACAGGUGCUCAGGCAUUGUGUGAACCAAAAAAGGACAAAACAAUCUUGGCUGCUGGGCGAGAAUUUUUGGAUGUCGACAGUAAUGAAAUUAUUCGCUGCUCCCUAGAAAAUGAAACCAGCCACAUUACUUGGUUCAAUAACAAAAAUCAAGAGAUUAAUUCUACAUCUGAGACAAGGAUGAAGGCAAACAAAAAUGGUGAACUGACCAUAAAAAACGUUCAGUUGUCUGAUGGUGGAACCUAUGAAUGCAGGGGAUUAGAAUACAUUCGAUACUACACCAUCUAUGUCAAUGCAAGAUUUACUGAGAAGAACCCUGAGCAGAGUGUUAUUGCUGAUGUUUCUGGGAUUAUAAGCUGUAGUGCUGAAGGAACUCCAACCCCAUUGAUUGAAUGGAAAAGACAAGAUGAAACACCAUUGGACAAUGGAAGAUUCACUCGGCUUUCUAAAGGGAGUUUAUACAUCAAUCCAGUUCACCCGCAAGACAAUGGAACAUACAUCUGCACAUUCAGACAAAGUAAAGGAAGUAAAAGGGUUACAACAAAAAAUCAAACCAUCAAGGUUUUUGUCAUAAGUGAGUGACAAAUACUUAAAUUAAUCAAAACAUUUUGACAGACAACUUCAUUAAUUUAAUAACAAUAACAAAUAGCUGUAUUUAGACGGCACUUCCAUGCAAUGUAUGCACGGACUGAGAUUUAUGAACAAUUACUUUUUUUACAAU